GAAGCUCACCCACUGGCAGUUGGCUGAGGUCCUUGGCUGCUUCAGUUGCUCAUUGUUGGCAUGAAUUUGGAAAUGACUUUUGAUGACAAGAUGAAGCCUGUGAAUGAGCAGCCUGAUCAGAAGUUAUGUCACAAGAAGGCUAAAGGUUUGCGUUUUCUUUCCUCCCAAUGGUGGUGCCCUGUUGCUAUGACUCUGGUCAUCCUUUGUGUGGGGUUAUUAGUGAUCGUUAUUAUACAGUGGAUGCAAUUACUCCAGGUAUCCGACCUCCUAAAGCAAUACCAAGCAAACCUUACUCGCCAGGAACAUACGAUAGAGGGACAGAUCUUAGCCCAGCAGCAGACAGCAAAUGCUUCACAGCAGAAACUCAAGGAAACAAUAGACACCCUCACCUGGGAGCUGAAGGAGAAAACCAAAGAGCAGGAGGGACUUCUGCAGCAGAACCUGAACCUCCAAAAAGCCCUGCAGAGAGCUGCCAACUUUUCAGUACUCCAGGUAUCUGACCUUCUAAGGAAAUACCAAGCAAACCUUACUCACCAGGAACGUAUCCUGGAGAGACAGAUCUUAGCCCAGCAGCAGGCAGCAAAUGCUUCACAGCAGAAACUCAAGGAAACAAUAGACACCCUCACCUGGGAGCUGAAGGAGAAAACCAAAGAUCAGGAGGAACUUCUGCAGCAGAACCUGAACCUCCAAAAAGCCCUGCAGAAAGUUGCAAACUUUUCAGGUCCUUGUCCACAAGACUGGUUAUGGCAUAAAGAAAACUGUUACCUGUUCUCUUCUGCACAGUCCUAUUGGGCAAAGAGCCAAGAAAACUGCCGGGCUUUAGAUGCACAGUUGCUACAAAUUAAUAGCAUAGAUAAUCUGAACUUCAUCUUGCAAGCAACUUCUCAUUCCACCUCGCCGUUCUGGAUGGGAUUGCAUAGGAAGAAAAAAAACGACCCAUGGCUGUGGGAGAAUGGCUCUCCAUUGCGUCCUCACUUAUUGAAGAUCAGGGGGAUUCCUUCCCAGGCUCAUCCAUCAGGCACCUGUGUGUACAUUCAAGAGGGAGGUAUUUUUGCUGACCACUGCAUUUUAAAUGCAUUCAGCAUCUGUGAGAAGCAGGCGCAGCUAUUGCCAACAGAGUGAAUUUAAAGAUUCUGAGAUAACAGGAGAAGACCAUGGGCUGUUUUGAAAUUGAAGCUAUUCUUGCUUACAUGAAUGUAAAACAUGAUUUUCCUGACAGCUGUCAGCUAACUACUAGCAUCGGUUCACAUCAGCGGAGGCAAGGACCAGAAGCAGAGAUCAAGGAUCCAGGUGUUUUCCUUCUUUGUAGUAAAUGUUGUGAGUUCAACUGUUUAUCCAUAUGGGUUAGCCUUGCCCUUCCCAAGCCUCCCCAGCCACCCUGAAAUCCUGCAUCUCUUUCUUGUUUUAAAUGAUGACUCCCGCCUGACCUGGAAAAUGCUUUCUAAUCAGUCUCCUAUACCUCAGUGCGCCUUAUGGAGCUGCAAGGAAGACAGAAUUGUGGAGAACCUUUUCGAAUGCAGGCAGGGGGCUCAGAAGGGAAGUGUGCCUGUGAAGCAGCAUGCAAAGAAACAGAACAGAGCAAAAGCCACACUGCAAGAAGGAACUUGUGCUCCUGCUAGAAGCCACAGCUUGACCUCUGUAACUGUGGUCCAUCUCCAGACUAAAUCAUUUACACAUUCACAUUUUUUAAUUUUAUAUUUAUUUUAUGUUGAUAGGGGUUUGCCUACAUGUAUGUCUGUGUACCACAUGAGUGUCUGAUGCCAUUCGAAGGUCAUAAAACAGCAUAAGAUCCCCCGGAACUGAAAUGUACAGGUGGUUGUGAGCUGCUAUGUAGAUGCUAGGUAUUGAACUCAUGUCCUCUGGAAAAACAGCCAGUGCUCUUAACCACGAGCUGCCUUUCCAGCCCCCGUGAUCAGUUCUUACGUAACUUAUCUCUUCCUCUUUUCUUUACCAAACAACAGUAUUGUGACUUUAACCCUGUAAAACAAUAUUUGUUAGAACCAAAUAAUAUGUGGCCCCAAAGCAAAACCAGAUUCCCCCCCCCUUAAAUUACACAUCCCUUGUAGACAGCCUGUCCUUGAUCCUGUCGUGCUAUGCUAUGAUUCAGAAACACACAUGACCCAAAUGAAAGAAACUAAGUUUCAGGACAAGUUUUCAGAGCAGUAUGAGCUGAGUAUUAAAAUGGUGUUCUAUUAGAACAGAUGAACUAAGUAAGUCCUAUUUUCAAAGCCUCCAUUUCCCCCACAAACUUCCAGACACUUCCACUUCAAAGGAAGCUUUCCAUUGUUCUAGGCCAACAAUCGUGUGUGUGUGUGUGUGUGUGUGUGUGUGUGUGUGUUUAUAUAUAAUAGAUGCAUCCUUAGGAAGAUGAGACAGGGAUUAUUUUCAUUGGCAGUUUUGCUGUGUAAUGAACUUACAAUAAAUUGAAUUUGUAAGUACUGUACACCGUGCUUGUUGUCAUCAUCAUAACCAAGAUGAGCACAUACUGUCACUUCUCCCCUCCCCAAUGCCUUCUCCCUAGAACAAACGCUGAACUGCUUUCAGCUUACAUUUCAUAGAGUUUAUAAUUUUUUAAGACAGGGUCUCACUAUAUAGCUGUGGCUGGUCUGGAACUCACUACUAUGUAGACCAGGCUGACCUCUCUAAUUGACAGAGUUGGUCCUGCCUCUGACUCCCAAGUUCUAAGAUUAAAGGAUUCACUGCCACAUGUGACUCACAGUUUAUAUGAAUGGGAUUAUGUAAUAUGUAUUUUUUGGCCCAGCUUCUUUCACUUGGUGCUAUUAUUUUGGUGUGCAUAUAUUUCCAUCUCAGUGUUUUUUUUUUUUAUCAGUUCCUUGUUCUUUUUAAGUGUUAAGCAUUCCACUGUGGGUACACACUGCUAAUUGUUUAUCUGUGUAUUUUUGAUGCCGUUUGGGUUGUUUCAGUUUGGGUUCACCUACAAAUAAAGCUACUCUGAAUGUCUGUGAGCAAGUGUUUGGCUAAACCCAGGAUCUGAUUUCUCAGGUAAGCACCUCCAAGUGUGAUAUUCAGUUCAUGCUGUACAUAGACAUAUAGUUAGUAAUCUGAGAAACGGCUAAAAGUUUUUCCAGAGUUAAGGCACUUGGCAUUCUCACCAGGAGUGUAGAAUGAGCCAGUUCCUUUUCACCUGCACCAUAAUUCAGUAUAGUCAAUAUCAUAGCUUCAACCCUUCUUUUUGAAGAUCUUAAUUAUUUUAGAUCUGUUUAUUUUAUCUGUAAUAGUUCUUUCCUUGAAUGUAUGUUUAUGUACCACAUGCACGCCUGCCACCACAGGAGGUCAGAAGAGGGCACUCUGUCUUCUGGAAUUGGAGUUACAGAUGAUUGUGAAGCCAUCCUGUAGGUCCUGGGAACUGAACCCAGGUCCUCUGGAAGGACAGCCAGCACUCAACUCCUGAGCCAUCUCUCCAACCCUUUCGCUGUCCUUAUAGGUAUAUAGCUGUGUAUCGUUGCAGUUUUAAUUUGAAUUUUGAAAUGGCAAAUGCUCUUGUGUUUAUUUUCAUGUUGCUAUUUACUAUCCGUACAUUUUCUAUGGUGAAAUGACUGGGUACUUCUUUCGAAGAUUUUGUUUUCUUAGGUUUUAAAUCUGAGGGAUUUACAUAUUUGAGAAUAAAAAAAGACUGAUAUGGAACAAAAAUUUCUUAGUUAGGGUUUCUAUUU